AUGGAAGAUUCAUCAUCGUGUGAAUACAUAGUGGCGGGAAAGUGGAGUCUAUUGCGAAAAAUUGGUAGUGGAUCUUUCGGCUCCAUUUAUUUGGGGGUUAACAUUUUUACGGGAGAAGAAGUGGCAAUUAAAAUGGAGCGGGUUCAUGCACGACAUCCUCAACUCUACUUCGAGAGCAAGGUUUAUCGAACAUUGCAUGGAACUCCGGGAAUACCUCAAAUUCAGUUCUAUGGACUCGAUGGUAUUAGAAAUCUUCAUUAUGUCAUGGUUAUGGAGCUUUUGGGACCCAGUUUAGAGGACUUAUUUACUUUUUGUGGACGUAGAUUUACCAUGAAAACUGUACUAAUGCUUGCUGAUCAGAUGCUAUGGAGGCUGGAUUUCUUGCACGCAAAAAACUUUAUUCAUCGGGACAUAAAACCGGACAACUUUCUAAUGGGUAUUGGUCGUCACUGUAACAAAGUAUUACUCAUUGAUUUCGGUUUGGCCAAAAAAUUCCGAGAUCAUAGAACACGUCGACAUAUUGUCUACAGAGAAGACAAGUCGCUUAUUGGUACAGCUCGAUACGCCAGUCUAAAUUCACAUGCUGGUAUAGAACAAUCACGAAGAGAUGAUAUGGAAUCUUUGGGUUAUGUGCUGAUGUAUUUCCUUCGAGGCAGUCUUCCAUGGCAAGGAUUACGAGCCGGUAACAAACCACAAAAAUACGAAAGAAUUUAUGAAAAGAAAGUUAGUACAUCGAUUGAUGUUCUUUGUCGUGGCUAUCCUCCAGAAUUUCUUGUCUACCUGAAUCACUGUCGUACGCUUCGAUUUGACGAAACACCAAACUAUGGUUUCCUACGAAGUAAUUUUCGUAAUCUCUUCCGUUCACUAUCAUUCAUAUGGGAUUAUGUUUUCGAUUGGACAUUAUUACGACAGAAAGCGUCUGCAAUUCAACAACAACAUCAAUCCCAUCCCCUUGGUGCUGGAAAUACUGGUACAGGUCGUGAUCACAAUGCUGCUACUGGUACAGUUGGUGGUGGUGGUGGUGUACUUGUCCCGACAGUCACUGGAACUUCAGGCGGUGUUGUUCUAGCCAGUACUACUGGUACUGGUCAAACAACAACGAAUGCUGCGAAUGCCACGAUCACAUCACCGCAUACAUCGAAUAACAAACAAAGUAAAGAGGUGAUUGGCUCAUUUCCAGAUGAUCUUACUUGA